AUGAAUAUGAAGAUCAUCCUAAUAUUUUCCCACUUUAUUUUGCUUGAAGCAAAACUUCAACAUGUGAAUGUCACUGGUGUUCUUCUAUGUCAUUCUCAAAGGGUGAUGAAUAUUUUCAUCGAGUUAUGGGAGUAUGAUCGAUGUAAGUAUUAUAAGCAGUCCCAAAUUUUCGAAAUAAGCAGACCCAAAAAUAAGCAGUCCCAAAAAAAAAGCAGACACAAAAAAUAAGCAGACACAAAAAUAAGCAGUCCCAAAUUUCUCUGUUUCUCUGCGUCUCUCAUUGAUUAGCAUGCAGAGAGACAAAUAAGCAGUCCCAAAAAUAAGCAGUCCCAAAAAUAAGCAAUCCCAAAUUUUCAGUCGACGCCAAUGAUCUUCUCAACACAACUCGAACCAAUGACCAAGGAGAAUUUCAAUUGACCGGCGGACAAAAUGAAUUUUUCUCCAUCGAACCUUAUAUCGAAGUUUGGCAUGAAUGUGGAACAAAAGCCGGUUGUAUUCGAGCAACAAAAUAUCAUAUUCCAAAUAGUUUUAUCGACAAACAUUAUGAUACAUCACUCAUUUCUUUGGACACUUUUACAAGUGAUGAAAGAAAUAUGUGUGGGGCUGAUAUUCCGAAAAAGUAUCGAGGAUUGUUGACGACUAAGGCAUGA